AUGUCUGAUCUCGAACUCAAGCUACACUACCUCCAAAUUACGGUUGGUUCUGGGAUCUUAGCCGAGCCGAUCAGUUCAUCAUGCACGGACAACAGCCGACUAGAAGCUGCUCGUGCUCAUCAACAAUACUCGUUCUACGAGUCCCCAUACGAAGAACGUCGCCCGCUGUUUGCUGUACCGAGCCAUCCUGGCCUGGCCUACCAUCACCAUCUGCUGCCACCAUACUACCAUAGUAUGGUAACGACACAGCCGGCGCCAGGUCCAAGCACAGCUAACGGGCCCGUUUUUCCUCCAGGAGUGGAACCACAUCGAAAUCCAUUUGCAGUGCAAAGGCAGGCACAACCAGCAGUUCGUGAGGACUCCGAAGAGGACGGUAUCAAUUGCUCGCCAUGCUGUGAUAAUGAAAACGUGAGUCGCACCUUCCGGUCGAUCGUUCUCGGCCAAAUUCUUUCGUUAUGCCUUUGCGGUACGGGUAUUUCCAGUCAGUUGCUUUCAAAUCGAGGAGUGAACGCUCCUGCUGCUCAAUCUUUCACCAACUAUUUCCUCUUAUGUUUUGUGUACUGCACAGCAUUAUCCUGCAAAUCCGGUGAAGAAGGUCUGUUAGGGGUCCUUCGGAAGCGGGGACUGCAGUAUUUUCUAUUGGCUUUGAUCGACGUUGAAGCUAACUACAUGAUCGUUUACGCGUAUCAAUUCACUAAUCUUACAAGUAUCCAGUUACUCGAUUGUGCAACCAUUCCGACAGUGCUGCUGCUUUCAUGGUUGUUCCUUUCUGUUCGAUAUUUAAUUUCACAUAUUAUAGGUGUUUGCGUAUGCUUAAUAGGAAUUGCAUGCCUCAUUUGGGCCGAUAUUCUGGGUGAGAAGGGAAGUAUAGGAGGUAAUCAUCGAGUCAUAGGAGAUUUAUUAUGUCUUGGCGGUUCAAUACUCUACGCAACUGCCAACGUUUCCGAGGAAUUUCUUGUGAAGCAACAUAGUCGGAUGGAGUACCUUGGAAUGGUCGGCCUUUUCGGCUCGCUCAUCUCAGGAGUUCAGCUCGCCGUUCUCGAACACAAGAACUUGGCACAGUUGGACUGGAGUGCCGCCACCAUCGGUUGCUUCUUGUUGUUCGCCAUCUCCAUGUUCAUCUUCUACUCGCUGGUCACAGUGGUAUUGCAGAAGACAUCGGCGUUGAUGUUUAAUCUUUCUAUACUCACUGCCGACUUUUAUUCACUUCUCUUUGGCCUCUUUCUUUUCAAGGAAACGUUCCAUUACCUCUACUUUGUUUCUUUCGUGGUUGUUGUUACUGGUUCGGUGAUCUACUCGAUUCGAGACACACAAAGGAGAGAUCCAAACGAGCCGCGUCGUGUAUGCCCGUGCCUGUUCAUCUGCUGUUGUUGCUGCGAUUGCUGUUUCGAGGAAGUCGAAAGCACAGAAGGAUCUUUUGAUGUUUCUCCAUCACCAACUCGAACGUCAAUCGCCAUGUACGCCGGACAAAGUAAUCCUCGAGACUGCCCAAUACACGGGAGAAGAGCUGCUUCCACAUUGAGCAAUGGAACUCGAAAUACAGAAACGAGGCAGUGA